GGUUCCUCGGAGCGGCAGUCAUGGCGCUGCUGCGCUGCCUGCUGCUGCUGUUGCCCGCCGUGGCGCUGGCCCUUGGCCCCGCCGCCGGGGAGGCGCGACGGCCCCUGGCGCUGGAGGCGCUGGGCGAGGCGGAGGAGCUGGCGGAGGAGCUGUGGGACGCGGGGCUACCCGGUGACCUGCCCGAGCUGGAGCCCGAGUGCCGCCGCCUCCUCGCCGCCUUCGCGGAGGGCAGCGCGGCGCUGACGGGCUGCCUGGGCCACCGCGCCCGCCCGGUGCGGCUCUGCCAGGCCUGCCACUACCACUACCGCCGCCUCCUCGCACAGUACGGCAACAUCGCCCGCGCCGUCGGGAAUUCUUCUGAGAGCCACAAUUGUGCCAAAAGCAUCUUGACCUCAGACAGGCUACAGAUAGUUGUGACCCUUUCGCAGUUCUUUAACGAAACCUGGGAGGCAGCCAACUGUGCAAAUUGUUUAAAGAACAACAGUGAGGGAUUAUCAAAUUCUACUGUAGAAUUCCUGGAUUUAUUCAAUAAAUCUCUGACAUGUUUUGAACAGAACGUUCAGGGACAAACCAUCUAUCUGUCACCAAGUAACGACACAGAAGUAUGUAAAAACUGCAAUGAAACUUACAGAAUGUUGAAUGACCUGUAUAACAACUUGCAAAGGCUGAACAGGCAAGGUGGUGAGUCUGGGUACUCCGCACACCUCUGUAUCGACGUGGAAGAUGCUAUGAACAUCACUCGGAAGCUUUGGAGCAGGACUUUCAACUGUUCUGUUCCCUGCAGCGAUACAGUCCCAGUGAUUGCAGUUUCAUCCUUUAUUCUCUUCCUACCUAUUGUUUUUUAUCUUAGUAGCUUCCUUCACUCGAAGCAGAAGAAACGGAUACUCAUUUUGCCCAAGCGCAUCCAGUCAAAUGCCAGUCUUGUGAACAUCCAAGAAAAAUACAGCUGAGCUGCAAAACAAAACCUGAGAACUGCUGCUGGUAUACAGUGGGUACAAUUGUGUUGGAAUGAGGCCGGCACAAAAGAGGAGUUAAUUAUGGUUUAGUGUAAUGAUACAGAGCAACACAAGUUAAACAAAAUGCUGUCUGACUUCUAAGCGAGGAUAUUAACAAACAUGACAAGGCAGGGCUGUGUGACACUGUAUGGACUCUGGUUUUGAAAAAUCUGCAGGUUUUUUCAGUCUCAGGCUGAAGCUGGUGUUCUAUUUCUAAGCUUUUAUACUUCUCAUCACUAGAAUAGCUAUACUUCCCUUGCAUGUUUUUUUUUUUUUCCUCUUUAGUUUAUCAUAUUUGUUUCACAGAAACCUGAGAUUCUGAAUCUUUCUGAGGUGAUUUUCAUAGACAGGCAGAACUUGAAAUAAUAUUUGAUGUUCCUGCUUGAAAUGUUAUGUUUAAUUCCACAUAAUGUUCAGUUUUGCCAGACUUGGGAUGGACAGGAAACCUUUAAAAACAAAAGUUCCAGUCUUUCUGAUACCUCUCUCUAAAGUCAUGCUGCUGGUCUCUUGGGGGGGGAGGGGGAAGCACGAAGUAUGCAGAGGAAGUGAUAAUAUAUAAUGUCCAAAGCCAGCAACAAAAGCAACAGAACUGCCAGUGCUAGACAUGAAUAAUAAUCAUUGAUGACUACAGUAUUCAGCUAUCUCUGAAGCAGGCGGCGUAUUUAGUCAUUUGCACACGUUAACCACUAAAAUCAUUGCUUUUCAAAUGUUAAAUUUUCAGAGGCUUAUUUUAGAUGUCUGCUUGGGUAACCAAAUGCUUCACUGUUUGUCAGUUUAUUGUGUUAUUUCCUUUCCUUUUUAAUUAUCAACGUUUUUUGGUUUUUGUUAUUUUUGCUUUUGUAAAGGAGAAGUGAGGUAAAGUCAAGUCACUGGAGAUGCUGAAUUUCCUGGUCUAGAGCUUUCUAUGGCUUAAUACAGAGGUGUUUACAGGAACUUUAUAGGCAAAAAGUUACCUUUUCUAGAUAAUAUGUAUUUUAGUAGUAAAUUAACCAGGAGGUUCUCUAACUUAAAAACUGUCCUGAAGGACAAUGAAGAUACUGUGUUGGGAAUUGAUGCCUUUCAAGAACUAGUUUCAAAAAUUAGACCUGUGAAAUAGAUGAAUGCAAACAAAAAAUUCAAGCUUGCAGGAUUCCAAAGCUGAUGGAGAAACUCAUACAAUAACCAUGGGGAUGGAUGGUGCUACUGACAGGCUCUGGGCACAAUUCAACAGCUGCAGCAAUACCGAUGGUUCAGUUUGGUUAUGAGAGCCCUGAUUUGGGAGAGUGGUGGGGUUGAAACCGUUUGUAGCCGUACUUGAGAUUAAUGAAUGCUAGAGUCUUUGCUCCCAUUUUUAUAUGUGUUUUCUAACCUUGACAUAAAAAUGAAUGGCCAUUACAGCUAAAAAAUUAAAUUUCUGUUGGAAUCUGUGUGUCUGAUGUCUGUCAAAAACCCCUAUGAAAUAGUCUUAUGUAUUUGACUUGCUUUGGAGCCUAGAAUGUUAAAUUUUUCCUUGCACAAAGGCUCAAAUAAAUAUAUCACAAUGUAACAAAACUGUCCUAAAGCUCUUCAAGUCAUUGUUUUUCUUGUUAUUUUCUGUGAGGUUUUUUUUUUUUCCAGUUAGGACAUACUGUCAGUUUUAAAGUCAAGUUGACAGUAUGUUUAAUAAGUAAAAUACUGUGUUAGCGAUUGGUCCCACCCACAUGAUUGCCUUUUUGUAUUUUAUCAGUAAGAGGUAUUUAUCUCCCUCUGCUAAACAUGUGAAUUACUAGCUCAACAGUCAGUUUGUUCUAGGUAGUUUACAACAAUAACAUAAAACCUGUGGUUUUCUUGCUUAUUAUAUCAAGUUACCUUCUUAUGGCUGGGAGAGGCAUGCUGCCUUUAAAAAAAAAAAUUAUUUUUUAUAUCUUUUUCUUAAACUUCAACUUUCUGGGACUCAGCUGCCUGCUCUAAUAGCAUUACAUUGAUUUGGGACAUCAUAUGAUUGAGAGCUGUUCAAAGCAAUCUUUCAUUCGUGCAGAUAAAGCCAGUUUGUAUGUGCAGCAUUUCAGAAUGACAGCUUUUAUACUGUAAAGCAGUGGCUUUUUGAGCACAUUCAUGUUAAGUAGGUCUGAAAGUCAUUACUUUUGGAUAUGGUGGUUAAGCACUUUAAAAAAAAAAAAUCAGCUUUUCUUAUUUUCCUGGCUGCUAAGCCAAACGGAAAUACUCAUGUGACUUUUGUUGUUUUUUAUUUUAAAGCAGCAGUAAAGUUUACACUUGAGAUUUUUAACAUUGCAUCUACUCUUUUCUCCUUUUUCUUCCCUCCCCCCCCCCCCCCCCCCCCCCCCCCCCCCCCCAAUUUGUACUACUAACUUUCUUUACACAGUGUUAUAUUUUUGGUAGGAUAUUUCGUCUAAAUUGAUUGAAUUCUCUUUAUACUCUGUUUCCUAGAGAAAUGUGGAAGCACACAGACUGUGUUGAAGGAGAACUAGAAUUCUUUUUGCUGCUAGUCUUUCAUCUUGGUUUAUUUUUGCGUUUUGGGUAUUAUAUGUAUUAUCUAGGAUGAACUUUGAAAUACAAGUUGUUUAUAUCUUUUUGUGCAAAUAAAGAUUUCUUACUGUGGGGUAGCACUUUGAUUCAUAUUUAUACUUACUAGGAAACCUCUAAACAUGGAAAGUAAGCUCUAAUAAAGAUUGUCAAUAAACAGUG